AGUUUCUGAGCUUCGUCGCCAGCAGCACUUGUAGCAGAAAGCACAGCAGCAGUGGUGUUAAAGAUCAGGCAGAGGGUGCAGCAACCUCCUCACUGAAAUGAGUGGCACCAAUCAGACGAGACAGGGGGAGGAGAACAGCCCAAGCCUCACCCUCCUGGGAAACUUCAACUGAGCAAACUUGAAGAGCAGCUCUCAUUGUCUGCUGUAGGACAGUGCCUGGGAGCUAAUGAGACACAGGAGGAGGGCUCCAGGCGGAUAUAAUGAAGAGCAAGCUGGGGCAUCACUGCAUUUCACUUUCAGCAGCUCUGGGAAACACUGACUUCUAUGAACUUGUCUCUACCCUGUGCCUCUCAUAAGCAAAUCUGCCCAAUGGAACAGCACUUUGGCCAGUGACACCCAUCAAGCUGCAAAUAUUCCUUCAAAUCUAAAGAUUGUCCAUUUGUUUCUUUCCAUGCAGAACAAGGGACCUUUGCAACUCCUGCAGCAUCUGUAUCUGUAUUCAAAACUGCCUGCCUGGAACUUUAAGGCUCAACCGUCUGGAUGGCUGCAAAAUUGUGUCACCCACAUUGAAAACUGACACUUGCCAAUCUGGCCGCCUGCGACUUUUUUGUCUUUUGAAAGCUGCAAUUUUUGUGGUCACCUGCGACUGAAUUCUAAAGGAAGGAACAUCUGGGGAGGUUUAUAAGUUUCAGCAUUGCUCAUGCUCAGAAGGGUUAACUGUAUCCCCACUAGAAGGUGGUUAAGGGGCAGCUAGGGAAGGGGUUCAGCUACUCACCUGUAAUAAGAAUAUAAUAAAGCAGAUGUGGAUGUGAAGCUCAUGGAGACCCCUGGAAGUUACAACAUGUCCUAUGAGCAGAACCUCAGUGAUCCCAUUGCCCAUAAUGUGGUGGCCCCAAGAGGUAGCACUCCACCCACCAUCCCAUCUGUCAUGUUCCUAUUCGGGGUGGUGGGGAACCUUAUCGCGAUUAUCGUGCUGUGCAAGUCGAGGAAGGAGCAGAAGGAGACCACGUUCUACACGUUGGUUUGCGGUUUGGCUCUUACCGACCUGCUGGGGACUUGUCUGGUGAGCCCAGUGACUAUAGCCACUUAUAUGCAGGGCAAGUGGCCGGGGGGACAUGCCCUGUGCGAGUACAGCUCCUUCAUCCUCCUCUUCUUCGGCUUGUCCGGUCUGAGCAUCAUCUGUGCGAUGUCGAUCGAGCGCUACCUGGCGAUUAACCAUGCGUAUUUCUACAACCAUUAUGUGGAUAAGAAACUGGCAGGACUCACUCUCAUUGCCAUCUAUGUGUCCAACGUGUUGUUCUGCGCCCUCCCCAGCAUGGGACUAGGCAAGACCACCUUCCAGUAUCCCAACACGUGGUGCUUCAUUGACUGGAGAACCAACGUUUCGAGCUACGCCGCUUACUCCUAUAUGUACGCGGGUUUCAGCUCGUUCCUCAUCCUGGCCACGGUCCUGUGCAACGUGCUGGUGUGCGUGGCGCUAAUUCGCAUGCACCGGCAGUUUGUGCGCAGGACGUCGCUGGGGACCGACAACAGACUGAGCGACUUCAGGAGACGCAGGAGUUUCAGGAGGAUGGCGGGGGCUGAGAUCCAGAUGGUCAUUGUGCUCAUUGGGACAUCGGUGGUGGUGGUGAUCUGCUCUACCCCCCUAGUGGUCCGUAUUUUCAUUAAUCAGCUCUACCAGCCAGAGGUAGUGGAGAACAUAUCAAAGAAUCCAGAUCUACAGGCCAUCCGAAUUGCAUCAGUGAAUCCGAUUCUAGAUCCCUGGAUUUAUAUCCUCCUCAGGAAGACGGUGCUAAGCAAACUGAUAGAGAAAAUCAAGUGCUUAUUCUGUCGAAUCGGUGCACGGAGGAGACCACACUCCGCAGGAAGUUUCAACUGCACGGAAGGAAGAAGGGCCUCUUCUGCUCCCUCCAGUCAUUCCCCUUCAUUUGUGUCCCGAGAGCUGAGAGAAGUCAGUACUUCUCAGACUUUACUCUAUCCUCUAGAACUGAGUGAUGGUAGCUUUAAAGGGAGCACUGUGUUGCCAGGGGCUACAAUAGCCAUUAACCUGCCUGGAUCGACGGAUAGGACGUUGCGGGGUUCUGAUCAGUCCGUAUCUUCUCAGGGUCCAGAUUCAGAGCAAGUGUCACUCGUGAAUGAAACACAACCCACACGAGUAACUCAAAAUGGCUCUUUGUCAAAGGGAAACCCACUCCGUGUCACAUUUCCUAAUGAAACAUUAAAUUUAUCAGGGAAAUGUAUAUAGAAUGAUAAGUUCCCCCUUAGAGUGUGUAGGUAGAUCUCAUAAUGAACAUUACACUCUUCUCCUUGAUGUUCAUCAUGACAAAGGCUUCAUUUAAUCCAAUCACGGAAUAGUACUUAUAAAUGACUGAGUCCUUUGAGUGAUCUAGAAACAUUUCUACUUGCUUCAGUCCAUGGGAUUGUGUUUGGUUCAGCUAAUUUACGGAUUUGCUAUUUCUGACUCUAUUACCUAUAACACUGGCACUUUUUUUUUUGGGAGGAAUAAUUUCACCUUUCUAAGGUGUUCAUUUGCUUAAGGGCGGCAGAAGAGAAAGUCCUUGGUCGGUGACUUUCCAUUGACUAUUUCUGGACAAAGCCAAAUUGUCUGUUGUUAUGAUGUCAGUGUGUCUAAGCUUUAAAAUGUGAAUUUCAAUGGAUACUCUAUAUGUCUGUAUUCGGUAUGUAAAUGUAUUUAUUGUCUUCUCUGUGAGAAGGUUUUUUUUAAGAUCAGAAAGCUUAGUGAAUGGAUUUUACAUGCAUUAUCCUCUUCAUUCUUUUAGAAUGUCUCGAGGAGAACACUUUCUUAAGAGAUCUAGAUCAGGAAUUGCCCAAUUUUUAUUCCAUAUGAUCGGAAAAUAAAUUGUUUUUGAAAACAUCUUUGCUUCAAAGCUUUUUCCCUCCCCCAUGCAUUCCACUUGAGACUGAAUAAUUAACUUAUUAAUUGAAUAUGCUGAUGAGGGUAUCACCUGCUCUAGAACAUCUCCUGACCAUAUUCUUAUGCUGGUUCUACAGAAAUCAAGCCAGACCAUUCUAGAAAUGCGCUCAUGGAUGCCUUAAUAAAACUUACAUCCCUUUUGGAAGAGCUAAACAUAUGCCCCAUCUUGGCCUUAGUCAUAGUACAUUGUGUUUUUUACCCUGAAUAUUUCAAAGAAAAAUAUAAUUUGCAGCCUAUCCCCAAAUUAUCACGUACUCUUAACCAACUUGGGAAAACCAUCUGUUUAGUGAGGACAUUUUUCUAAUUUAAUAAACGUGGAUGAAUUAGUUCAAAAAAGCAAUGGAAUGACUCGUCUCGCUGGGAUAGUCCAAACCAAUUAAAAGAAUAACAAUAACAGACUCUUUGGAAUUGCAUUGUUUUCAGUAUUGCUUAAUAUAUUUGCUUCAUAUUGUAGCUUGAACUACGCAUGACGUAAUUGACGGGAAACAAAAGAACUGGCUACAGAAAAUCGACAUAUAAUUAAUUCCUGGCAAUUUGUUUAGUUUGUUUUAAUUAUCUCUAAAGACUAAUUGAAGAGUGUCCCUUAAAGGCAAUUCUCAGGCUUGAACAAGAGGAAACAUUAUGGGGAUAUACUUCUACCUGUAGUAGGAUGAAGCUAGAGGAGCAAAAGUUGACUUUCCUUGGGAUAUACCCAUAGCAGUUGGAUCAGAAUUGUCUAUCCUUUAUGCUGUAGUGAGCAUAUCCAAUGUCCUGGGUUUUGUCUGAGAUCAAAAGUUGUGUAUUUUAGGGCCAAUUGUGAAAUUGUUUGAGGACUUGAGUAUAUCUAUACUCUCUAGCCAAUGCCUGGUGAGAUAUUUAGCACAUUGUAAUAGUUUCAAGUCUCUUUUCUUUGUUUUACUUUCAACCACCUCUUAUUCAAUGGAAUCAUCUUCUGUAUUGGUGCUGAAGUUCAGACUUUUCCCUGGAAUUAUUGAUUCCUAAAAAUAUAGUUCAACCACUAGAACCAAGAUCGUACACUGGAGUGUUUCUGUUUUUAGCCUUUCGGAGUUGCACUUAGAGAACAGUUUACUGCAGAUCCCAGGAACAAAAUAAUACUGCGCCCCAAAAAAUAUAACAAAUGUGGUGGUGCUUUAUUUCAAGGAGAGCCACUAAAAGAACUGGCACAUGGAUGCAAUUCAGCACAGGGAUACACUUCUGUAGUUCGAUGCAUCAAAAAGUGGAUACACAAUGUUUCAGGGGUGUGACACAAAACAGUGUAUAUCCAUUUUUUGAUGCAAUAAACCAUAAGGAUAGAGCCCCAUGUUAAAAUGCAUCCAUGUGCCAGUUCUUUUUCAAGGUAGCUUAAAGUUUAGUGAAAUUAAGCACCUUGGUACCGCCACUUUCAUAUUUUUCUGCUGCAGAAGUACGUUGCCAUCUUCAGCCAAGCAUUCUUUGGAUUCUUUCUAACAUGUUUUUUUUUAAUCCUGUACAGAUAUUUGAAAGGAAAAAUAUGAAACCCCCAAAUAAGCAUGUUUUCGGUUGCUUUCGUGUCCACGUGAAUUGCUUUUAUCUGUGAUUACAUUCUGAGCCUGUUGAAGGUGAAAUUGUUGUAUUGACCAAAAUAUUUUUGGAGGCUGUCCUAAUAAAAGUGUGUUGCUAAAAUAUAA